UCCGCUCCCGGGGCCCCUCGCUCGCCGGGAGGAACCACACACUUGCAGAUUGCGCGAGGGCGAGGCGUGUAAAGUGGGAGUUGGGGCCGUCCAGGCCGUCAGGGCGGGGUCCUCCACAGGCCCGCCCAGUCGCCUGCGUCUCCGCGCGCCAAAGUCAAAGUGCGGGUCCCGCCGGCGCGAGAUUGACGCUGCAACCCCGAGCUAUCGGUACCGCGUUCCUGCAAGUCCCGCGCGCGAGCCGUCUGGAGCUAGGCAUGGCCACCCCACCCAAGAGGUUCUGCCCUUCUCCCUCUACCAGCUCUGAGGGCACCCGCAUCAAGAAGAUCUCCAUCGAGGGGAACAUCGCUGCCGGAAAGUCAACGUUUGUGAAUAUCCUAAAGCAAGUCUGUGAGGAUUGGGAAGUGGUUCCGGAGCCUGUCGCCCGGUGGUGCAAUGUGCAGAGUACUCAAGACGAAUUUGAGGAAUUGACGACGUCUCAGAAGAGUGGUGGGAAUGUGCUGCAGAUGAUGUAUGAGAAACCUGAGCGGUGGUCCUUCACCUUCCAGUCCUACGCCUGCCUCAGCCGCAUCCGGGCGCAGCUGGCCUCUCUCAAUGGCAGGCUCAAGGACGCCGAGAAACCUGUAUUAUUUUUUGAACGAUCUGUGUAUAGUGACAGGUAUAUUUUCGCAUCUAAUUUGUAUGAAUCUGACUGCAUGAAUGAAACAGAGUGGACAAUAUAUCAAGACUGGCAUGACUGGAUGAAUGGCCAGUUUGGCCAAAGCCUGGAAUUGGAUGGGAUAAUUUAUCUUCGAGCUACUCCAGAGAAAUGCUUAAACAGAAUACAUAUACGGGGAAGAAAUGAAGAACAAGGCAUUCCUCUUGAAUAUUUAGAGAAACUUCACUAUAAACACGAAAGCUGGCUCCUUCACCGGACUCUGAAAACCAACUUUGAUUAUCUCCAAGAGGUGCCGAUCCUCACACUGGAUGUUAAUGAAGACUUUAAAGACAAACAUGAAAGUCUGGUUGAAAAGGUCAAAGAAUUUUUGAGUACUUUGUGAUCGCACAGGUGACAACAACAGGCAACACAGUGUUUCCAGAUGCUUCCUUCGGUUUUGUGCAUCGCCGGAGCUGGGUAUUCAUACAAGUCUCUACAAGAGUCAAGUUUUAAACCAUCUUUGUUUUAGGGAACAGCCCUUUUCUUUAUAUAUAUAUAUAUAUAUGUAUAGUUUAUUUAAUAUUUGUAACCGUAUGUAAAGCUUUGUGUCCCUCCUUCCCACGCUCCCGUCCUUCGCUCCGUUCUUCCUUCCACAGUUUUACGUCGGGUGUGUAUGCCUCACAGCGGAUUUUCCUAGAAGCAGUGAGUGAGUGAGUGGGUAAACUGUUCUAGCAGGCCCCGCCCUCUGCCCUCCCUUGUCAUCCUGAGCGGGCGGGUUAACACUCUGUCACUGUAGCCUGGCUUCGGUGGCGACCAAUUUCAUGACUGGACACUUGAACGUUAACGUGUAGAGGAUGUGUGUCUUAUGUGAGUCAGUGUCCCUAGGACAAGCUGAGACGUGGAGUGUGGAGAGCCACGGGAAUAGGGGUGUUAAAGUGUUUGCUUUGUCUGCUUCCUGUUCCCUUCGGCAGUGCUGAAGAUGGAAGCUCUACAGAACUGAACCCAGCCUUUGACCUUUUGUUUUUAUCAAGUGCCUCUCCUGCUCCAGUUAGUGUUGAGGAUGAGAUGUGUUCGGCGUCACCACAGUAAUGUUUACUGCUGUGUCUGGUGCGUUUGUAGAGGAGGGGGUUAAACUUUCCAGUUCAGUAAUUACGUUAUAAACCUUUUCAUCUGUAAUCAGUUUCUUCAUCUGGGAUGAGUACUCUUUAUUUACGUGAAAUUUUGGACCCGAAGAAAUCUUUAUUUAAGAGGUAGCUAAGAAGUUUAUUGCAUGAGUAUAAGGCUUCAAACGACUGCAGUUAAAAUGCUUGUUUAAAUUAAGUGGUUUUUGUUUUUGUUUUUUUAAAGACAGGGUCUCCCUAUAUACCCCUAGCAAUCCUGAAACUUUCUGCAGACCAGGCUGGCCUGGCCUUGAACUCACAGAGAUCCACCCACCUCAGCCUCCCUCCCCACUUCCACUGCUCAGAUCUGACUGAUUUUUUUGAAAUCACUUGAAAUGCAAGAGGUUCCUAUUUUUCUUUUAAUUUCCUAAUUAAAUUUCUUUUAGUUUUCACGUAAAAUGAGGAUAGAGCAUGCUAAGGUUUUCUAUUUUCCCCAUCGGGAUAUGAUAAUGAGUGGUCUCUCUUUAGCUUUGUACUUGGCGAGACCCUGAGACGACCAGGCGAGCGCCUUAGCCUCCUGGUCUGUUCAGCCCCCCCCUCAGGCAGACAUUUUCCCUGUUCUCUCUGAAGUUACUGGGCAGUCUGCUGACCUGAGAUUUAAGUCAUAUUUCUAAGAGUGCUGUGGUCACACUGUGCUUCAUAGUUUGCUUGCUUUGUAGAAAUUUUCUCAAUUUUUUAGAGGUCACAGAGAAAUUACUGAUAAAACAAUUUUUUAUUAUAUAUAGUGCAUCAUGGGAAUGUUACAAUUUUGUUGAACUAGGAAAUAAAAUUAACAAAUAGGGGAGGCUUCAAGCUCCCAUUAAUAAUGCCCGCAUCUCUAAACUGCUUUCAUGUUUAGUUGUAAAGUACGCUUAUAUAUAAUUAACGAAGUUAUUUUUUAUUGUUGUUUUUUAUCUGCUGUAGUUUUUUUAAAGUUAAAAUGUGCAUUGUUUUUGCCAAGUAAUUAACCAUUCUAAUUCAUAUCAAGAAAAAUGUAUAAUUUCUUGAAACAGAGAAUUGCAUUUGUUUUGAUGCUAUAAUUUUUCUUUCUAAAACUUAGCUUUUAUUUCUGGUUUCUUGUUCAAAGAUGAUAAUUUAGUGGGUUGUCAGGGACAGUAGUAGUACUGUCUUUGAAAAGAGGACUCAAUUUCAAGUCUGUCAUAACCAUAACUUGUUUUAUGAUAUUUGUGAUGUUGUUUUUUUUUGUUUUUGUUUGAUAUAAAUAAAUUUACCAACUUAAAUAUAUAUGUCAAUAAAUGGAUUUAAAUUUCUUGAACCA